AGUCCUCGAGAGGUUGCUCCACCACGACCUUGUUGCAUCGAGGCGCUAAACCCACGUGGCGUUGGUGUUGGACGGUUGGACGGGCGGAACGAGAAGUCAAGGUUGGGCUGUGCAGCUUCGCGUCUUGCUUUCCUUCCUCUACCCACCACGCGCGUCUUCCCCUUCCAUCGUCAUGGCGAGGGGACCCAUCCCAUCCAGCUCGACAACGGCGCAAGAAGAGCGCGAGAGGGUCUUGACUCGCCGCCUCGCGGCUUCGCAGGAGAAGCUGUGGGAGCAGAGUCAGACGUUGCUGGAGCGCAGCCGACUCAGGUCAAUGCGGGGAGAUCGAGUCGGAGCGCUGCAGGAUGCCAAGCGUGCUUUGGCCCUUUUCCCAGCGAACAUAGAGUACCUGAUUAGAGCUGCCGAGACGCUCCUAGACAGCGGCUUCCCCGACAAGGCCUCGAGAGCCUUUGAGCAGGCAGAGGGCGCCGCCAAUAUCGAAGGUACGACGAGCGAGAUUUGCGCCGCCCUCUCCACCCUCGCAAAUCGUCUACGGCCGUUCGACAUGCUGCCCAACGAAAUUCUGGCGACCAUCUUUGAACACGUGUACGCAGACUGGCAACGAUUACCUUCACCCUUCCAGCUGCCGCACGUCUGCCGACGCUGGCGCAGCAUUGCAAAAAUCACACAAAGUCUAUGGAGAGAUCUUCGCAUCCUGCGGGUACCGACCAAACUAUCAACAUUCACACCUAACUUGAGCGUCGAGCUCCGCAGGCCCCCCUGCUUCUCCUCAUCUUCAACCCAUCCAGUCGCCCAGUUCUGUCAUGCUCGAGCUGGCAAUCAUUUGAGACUGAUCAAGCAUUGCGCAGAGCUGUCAAACAAUACGCUCACCCACUUCGAGUUCCACACGCUCAGCGGAGAUCUUGACAUGGCUGCGGCACUACUACAUGUAGCCCAGGGCUCUGCAGCUACGCUGGUUGCAUUGUCCAUCAUCAACAACGACAAGGAUGACGACCCAAUCCCGGGGAGCUUGAGCCUAGCAUUACGCUGUCCUCGCCUGACCUAUCUGGAGCUCAGCCCCAAAUCGAUUCACGGUCGCGAACUCAAGCAGCUGGAAGACGAGGUCAAACAUCUGGACCCCCUGCCGGCCUCACUGAGAACACUCAAAUACAACGACCUAAGCGACCUCAGUAUUCGGCGAGCGAGGCGAACGCGCGAGCUUUUCCUGCAUCGCUGCUCGCAACUCGAACAACUGACUCUCUUGGACAUCUACACCGCUAGUGACAGAGCCCUGUUCGAUGAGGCCGAGCUUGGGACGGAACAUACAUUUCCUCGCGACCUAUUGGUCAGAUGCGCUCAAUCUCUCGUCGAGCUCGAGACCAGCGCUUUCAAAAGCCUCUUCACCAGAGCGAAAGCAGAAGGGCUGUCUGCCCUCCCCCGUUUACGGCGGCUGCGACAUGUGCCCUUCGCCGACUUUGUAGACGAGGAUGUUCCCGACUUUCACGAGCUGGCGCUGCCCAAUCUCAAGGUCAUCGAAGCUCCGAUCAACGUCGUCGAGUCAAUGCACAGGGUUCCUGCACGCGUCGUCUUGCAUCUGCGAUUCAACGAAGAGACAGACCUCCUCUCGCAGAUCAAGUCAUGGCUGCUCUCGCUUGAUGACGACAACACUCCCGAAGAGAUUACGCUGGAGCUACUCGAGCGUAAUGUAGGCACCGAGGACUUCAAUGAAUUGAUCGACGUUCUGAUACCCAGUCGCGCAGGCAGGAUCAUCUGUCCGCAGCUUACGGCCUUUUCCGUCCUCACUCGAGACGAAAUCUACAGCGAAGGGGACGAGGCCAGUCCAUUCGACAUCUACUCAAAGCCAAUUCCCCAGCCCAAAUUCCGAGAAGAUUGGCAGCACAGCGUUAUAGAUGCCUCACGGCUCGCUCGAAUGGAGGCAGAGCGUCGUCGUGUCUCGAAAGGUCUGCCCGCCAUCAACAAUUCCGCAAGCGGCAAGGCUCCGGAUCCCGUUCCUUCAGCCUUCUCUCGUGGCGCUCCCGCCGCAAAGCGAGUGAAGGUAUCGGCGCCGCCCGACAAGGCGUGGGGCCCGUGCGAGGCGCUGAGAUCCAUCAAGAUUGAGUCAUGCUACGUUCAGCCAGACGCCUGGGCAGUGAUGAAGGCCUCGCCGUGUCGAUUCGAGGUGACCCCAGAUCCAGAGGUGGCAGCGAUGCUACCAUGGCAGGAGCCGUCGGCGGCCAAGAGGAAUCGAUUCGGGGAGCGCAAGGUGCAUGCCUGGUGAAGAUCACGAUGUCCACCGCCCUCGGACCACUUCACUCCCUUCCACUUCACACCUUACCUCCGUCUGGACCAGGAUGACGACUUUCUGGCUCUCUCUGUCCCCGAAUCCC